CACCAUUCUUCUCAGAACCACACACACUCAGCCAAGAGAGCCAGCAGCAGGGAGUGUAGUGAGAGUAGAGUGAGCGAGAAUGGGUGGCAAAGCCGCUCUCCUGGUGGCCCUCCUGGCCGUGAGCCUGGUCCUCGAGGCCCAGGCGGGCAGCGGCUACGGCGGCGGGCACCCCCCUUCCCCGACGCCGGUCGCCCCACCCCCCAAGCACGAGAAGCCACCCAAGGGGCACAAGCCCCCUCACCACCACCACCACGCCAAGCCACCGGCCGCUUCCCACGCUCCGGCGCCACCCACCCACGGCCCCCCGACGCCUAAACCUAUCCCUCCCGCCCCUAAACCCACACCACCCACCUACGCCCCGAUCCCGAAGCCGCCGAAGCCAUCUCCCUCGCCUCCGGCCUACCACCCUACGCCCAAGCCUGCACCUCCCACGUACAAACCACCAACCCAGCCUAGGCCCUCACCGCCGGCGCACAAGCCUGCACCUCCCAUGUACAAAACACCAACCCAGCCUAAGCCCUCGCCGCCGGCGUACAAGCCAGCCCCCAAGGUCUCACCGCCGGCGUACAAGCCAGCCCCCAAGGUCUCACCACCGGCGUACAAGCCCGCCCCCAAGGUCUCACCGCCGGCGUACAAGCCAGCCCCCAAGGUCUCACCGCCGGCGUACAAGCCCGCCCCCAAGGUCUCACCUCCGGCGUACAAGCCUGUCCCCAAGCCCUCACCGCCGCCGUCGCCAACUCCGCCGGCGCCGAAGCCGACUCCACCGCCCUACAAGCCCCCGACGCCUACUCCUCCGGCGUACAAGCCUCCCACCCCGAGCCCCCCGCCUCCGCCGUACCACCACUAAGAAGAUCCACCACUGUCAAGCUGGGAGCCUAGGAUGCGGUCGAGAAGAGUUGUGCGAGCAGGCCAAGAAGAGCCACGUACGUACGGCGUCGUUGAUCCUCCUGCGGUGUGUGAGUUGCUGCCGAGCUACUAGGGCCGAUCUCUGAGGAGAUGGAAUAAUGCAGAUGGCUCCCAUUAGUUAUCUUACCAGCUUAUCAUUUGUGUUCGUCCAGUGUUAGCGUCUGUGUUGCUAGUGUCGCAAUGUUGCCAGUGUCACUGUAAAACCAUUAAUCACCACGGAAAUGGAAGUAAAAGGUGUUGUUUCCCGUUGCAUGUAA